GACUCUUUUUCCUGGGGCGAAUCGCUCCUGUGCUGUGCCGAUAGUGAAUUAUUCCCUUUCCGGGCGGAUCAUUGUUCCGGAUAUACUACAUCCAGCGCGCUGGAAUGCAGAGUAAGAUGCAAACGUUCAGCGGUCUCGCCUUCGGGAACGUGUUCAAGAAAAAGGCAAACAAGAUGACCGGACCUCCGGUGGGCAACGCACCGCCUCCACCUACACUCAUAAACAAAAUUAAGUACCAACCCGGCGGACCUGUAAUCAAAAAGGAUAAACGGCAGAGCAGCUCGAGGUUCAAUAUAUCGAAAAAUCGGGAAUUGCAGAAAUUGCCGUUGUUGUCCGAAACGCAACAGGGAAACGAACGGGAGGAACUUUUUAUACAGAAGCUACGGCAAUGCUGCGUCCUCUUCGACUUCGAGUCCGAUCCCCUGUCGGAUUUGAAAUGGAAGGAGGUGAAGCGCACUGCCCUCCACGAGAUGGUCGAGUACGUGACCAAAAACAAAAACGUUAUCACCGAGGCGAUAUAUCCCGAGGCGGUGAACAUGUUUGCCGUGAACCUGUUCCGGACGCUACCUCCGUCGUCAAAUCCUAACGGCGCAGAAUUUGAUCCCGAGGAGGAUGAACCGACGUUGGAGGCGGCCUGGCCGCACUUGCAGCUUGUCUACGAAUUUUUUUUGCGAUUGUUAGAAUCGCAGGACUUCCAACCGUCUAUAGCGAGGCGCUACAUAGAUCAAAAAUUCGUACUGCAGCUCUUAGAGUUGUUCGAUUCCGAGGAUCCGAGAGAGAGGGACUUCCUUAAAACGACCCUCCAUAGGAUUUAUGGAAAAUUCCUGGGUCUCAGGGCGUAUAUUAGAAAACAGAUAAAUAAUGUUUUCUAUCGAUUUAUAUAUGAGACGGAGCAUCACAAUGGCAUCGCAGAAUUGCUUGAAAUCUUAGGAAGUAUUAUAAACGGUUUUGCUCUGCCGUUGAAAGAAGAGCACAAAGUGUUUUUGUUAAAAGUCCUACUACCCCUGCAUAAGGCUAAGUCAUUAUCCGUGUACCAUCCGCAACUGGCGUACUGCGUCGUCCAAUUUUUGGAAAAGGAUCCGUCGUUAACGGAACCCGUGAUUAGAAACCUGCUGAAGUUCUGGCCAAAAACACAUUCCCCGAAAGAAGUUAUGUUCUUGAACGAGCUUGAAGAGAUCUUAGACGUCAUCGAGCCGGCUGAAUUUCAAAAGGUCAUGGAUCCGUUGUUUAGGCAACUGGCCAAAUGCGUAUCAUCACCGCAUUUCCAGGUGGCAGAAAGGGCUCUCUAUUAUUGGAAUAACGAAUACAUAAUGUCUUUGAUAUCGGACAAUUACUCCGUCAUUUUACCAAUAAUGUAUCCAGCUUUUUAUAGAAACUCUCGCAAUCACUGGAACAAGACGAUUCACGGUUUAAUUUACAACGCCCUGAAACUUUUUAUGGAGAUGAAUCAAAAAGUAUUUGAUGAGUGUACAACACAAUACUAUCAGGAACGUCAAAGAGAGCGAAAACUCAUUAAAGAUCGAGAUGAAGCAUGGAUGCGCGUAGAAGCGCUCGCUAUGAGACAUCCAAAUUAUAAUAUCGCAAAUAACACAACGAAUAAUAUAUUAUAUAUGUCACCACAGCAUAUAGAUAAUUCGCCUCCCGAUGAAGACGGUGAUACAGAUCAAACUCCGCUUACUCUGGAGAAAAUUGAAGCUAAAGCUAAUGAGGCGAAGAAAAUGACAAUUGUAAACAAAGUAAAGCCGCUUUUGCGAAGGAAGAGCGAUUUACCACAGGACUCGUAUACAAUGCGGGCAUUGUCCGACCAUAAACGCGCCGAUGAAUACCUUGUCACGCCACCAGAUCCGAAUAAUUGCUAGUCUCUACCACAACCCCUUCCCAUGUAUCCUCUGUUUUGCUGUAGUAACAUCGGAAGUUAGCUUUUUUUCUAGGGAAAAGAAAAACGGCGAUAAGAACGCGAAUAUUGAUUUGGCAAACGAAAAUCACAUUAUGCAAAACCGUAUUAUUAUUUCAGCAUGUAUCACAUUGUAUUUGUUUUUACUUUAAUAGAGAACCAGAAAAACCCUACUCUUUCCCGCCGCGCAUCGUGAUGCGACUCAAAGAGACAGUGUAUAGGUACUCGUAGAAGCUUACACAGAAGAGACUUUUCAUUCUUCGUAGAAAUGCGUUGUAUUUAUUUCUUCGUUACGAGAAAGAGAAAAUUACAGCUGUGAGUGGAAACUGUAAUCACAUUGUUAUAUAUAAGAUAUGCAUACGGUAAGCGAAAAGGGCUCUAAAUACAUUACUCGUAGAAUCUCCAUCACAAACUGGAGGCACUUUGGGAUGCUACUUUCUUGCUGCAUCUCAACAAUAUAAAAUAAUACACGAAUAAGGUACGUAAAACGAAAUGAUUACUGCGGUUGUAACGGAUUUGGUAUAUUCUACAAAAAGAUUUUAUAUACUGAUGAGAGAGAGGGAGAGAGAGAGAGAGAUAUUAUAUUAUGUAUGCGGGAAUGUGAUCGCGAAGAUAUAAAUGUAUGCUCGAUGUUGUAACCCAUAUUAUGCGCGCUAUGCGAGCUUGUUGUGUUAACAAUCUUGCGAAUGACGUUUCCAUUUAUGUGCAAAUGAUAUAUACAUAUAUAAAUAUACGUACUUGCUUUAACACUACAGGCUCGUUGUAGUUAAAGAAGAAGGAAACGAAUAAAUGAGAUGUCGAGGGUAAAAGGAUAUACGCCGUCGCGCGUUAUCUUAGGAGGAUGUAUAUGAUAGUGCUAUUUUAAAAAAAAAAAAUAAUAGAUUGCUACGAGAAAAUCUGGAUACUUCUGAGUGUACUACUUUUAUAUCUGUUGUGCCUAGAUGCCUGUGGAAUGCAUUCACGAAAAAAGCAUGCCUCCUCGCACGGGGCCUAUAUAUUGCAAACAGCAAGAAUAAGCAGCGAGUUUACAUGUCGCUUUGCCAAAUAUAAUCGAUAUUACAGGAUUUCAGUAAUGCUUGCAUAACAUGUUGCGUUGUUAACUCAUUGACCUUGGGAUUCAUUGAGAAAAGAUUAUACUGUUGCGGCCACAAGAGAUAGGGAGGAAGAAGAAUGAAAGAAGAGAGGAGGAAAUAUUAAGAUACAUUUAGCCCUUGCGCUGCUGGCAAGUUGUUACGUUAAUAAUUGUCGAGGAUACCUUGUUGAAUAUAGAUAUACGAUAAGCACUUAUAUUAAAUAUUAGAAAUUAAAGCUACGAAGAGAGAUAGAUUUAAAAAUAUUAUUUACUUAUUAAUUAUUCCUAUCACAAGAAGGAAUGGCCAUUUCAACUAAUUGAUCAUUAAUUAAAGAUAUAAAAAUAUCAUUAUAUAAUUAUUAGUUGUAUUAUUUUUAGUAAUGAGAGACGAAUAUAACGACACGAAAGUAGGGUAAUAGUAAUAAUGUAGUAGCUGGCAUGCCUUGUGAAUCUGUUUAAUCAGCGUUUUUCAAAUUAGAUCGAUAAUAAAUAAAUCGCGCAUUUCUUAGAAAAGAAAUUUCACGUCAGAGAGAAAUAAAGGGGGGAAAAAUUCCUAUUGUAGAGCAACUCGAAGAAACAUCGAAGACAUAAGAAAUCUCCGCGAAUGUGAAUGUAUGCGCCUGCAAAAGCUUAAAUCGAGCUAUAGAAAGCUGAUAAAAAAAGAAUAAUCGUAAUAAUGCUGAUAAUGAUAAUAAUAACAAUGCCGUUGUUAAAAUGAUAUAGAGCUGCCGGGUCACUUCACACACGUAAUAAAGACACAUUAAAUUUG